UGCCACUUAGGGCAGUGCUUUAACUUGAGCGCCAUGGCGUGGUCGGUGACACAGGCUCCUGCUGGUAGGGCGUCUUGCAUUUGCCCUAGAGGGAUUGGCGGUAGUGGCGGCAUUGGCGCGGCGGCAUCCUCGUCCCAGGCGCUGCAUUCCUCGGCUCGGCGGAGGAAGAGAGUGGCGCUUUGCUGUGGAUCGCCGCUCCUCGGAAGAGCGUUAUCGUUGAGCUGCCACGUUCACGGGAAACACUAUUCACGACCGUCAACGAGGGUGUCUUGCGCGGAUCCUGGUUCUCCGGCAGAAUCCACAACGGCCUCGACGGCAACCGCUUCGAAGGAUUUACUGGAGCCUAAUAGCAAGGCAGAUCACAGCAUGGAAGAGCAGACCAUGGAGAUUGCCAAGCAAAUCCAGGCUUUUAGAGAUGGAAGUUUGAAGUUGAAAGAACAGGAUGCCGCGCUUCCCAAAGUUGUUCCUCCCCCGGGUGACGGCCAGCGUAUCUACGAAAUCGAUCCGUACCUUAAAAACUACCGAGAUCAUCUAGAGUACAGGUACUCACAGUACAAGGCGAAAGUUGAUGCGAUCAACAAGCACGAAGGAGGCCUAGAGGCUUUUUCGAGGGGCUAUGAGAAGUUCGGCUUUAAUCGAACUGCCGCUGGUAUCACGUAUCGCGAGUGGGCACCCGCAGCGAAAUCAGCAUCUCUCAUGGGGGAUUUUAACAACUGGAAUCCAAAUGCAGACAUGAUGAAAAAGAACGAGUACGGAGUAUGGGAGCUUUUCCUACCCAACAAUGCAGAUGGUUCUGCUGCGAUUCCUCAUGGGUCCAGAGUGAAGAUUCACAUGGAAACUGCAUCUGGUGUUAAAGAUGCUAUUCCAGCAUGGAUCAAGUUUGCAGUUCAAGCACCGGGCGAAAUUCCCUACAAUGGAAUUUAUUAUGAUCCUCCACCUGAGGAACGAUAUGAGUUCAAGCAUCCACGUCCUAAACGGCCCAAUUCCUUGCGAGUAUAUGAAGCUCAUGUUGGAAUGAGCAGUACGGAGCCGAAAGUAAACUCUUACUCUGCGUUUAGAGAUGAUGUGCUACCUCGAAUCAAAGGGCUCGGAUACAAUGCCGUGCAGCUCAUGGCGGUUAUGGAGCACGCGUACUAUGGGAGUUUCGGGUAUCACGUCACAAACUUUUUCGCUGUGAGCAGCAGAUGUGGAACUCCUGACGAGUUGAAGAGUUUAAUAGACAAGGCUCACGAGCUUGGGCUUUUUGUGUUGAUGGACGUUGUUCACAGCCACUGCUCAAACAAUGUGCUCGACGGGCUAAAUAUGUUCGACGGAACUGACUCGCAGUAUUUUCAUUCUGGAGCUCGUGGAUAUCAUUGGAUGUGGGAUUCGCGGUUAUUUGAUUACAGUAGCUGGGAGGUGUUAAGGUUCUUACUUUCUAAUCUUCGAUGGUGGAUGGAAGAGUACAAAUUUGAUGGAUUCAGAUUUGAUGGCAUCACUUCAAUGAUGUAUACACAUCAUGGAUUGCAGAUGACUUUUACCGGACAGUACUCAGAAUAUUUUGGAAUGACUACCGAUGUGGAUGCCGUGGUUUGCCUUAUGCUUGCCAACGAUUUGCUUCACGCAUUGUACCCGCAGACGAUAACCGUUGCAGAAGAUGUGAGUGGAAUGCCGACAUUAUGUAUUCCAGUUGCCGAUGGUGGCAUAGGUUUCGAUUAUCGGCUCCAAAUGGCUAUUGCUGACAAAUGGAUAGACAUAUUGGAGAAAUUAAAAGACGAAGAAUGGAACAUGGGGAACAUCGUGUUUACAUUAACCAAUCGUCGAUGGAUGGAAAAAUGUAUUUCGUAUGCUGAAAGUCACGACCAAGCACUCGUUGGGGACAAAACUUUGGCUUUUUGGCUGAUGGACAAGGAUAUGUACGAUCAUAUGGCUCUCGAUCGUCCCUCCACUCCUCGGAUCGAUCGUGGAAUAGCUCUUCAUAAGAUGAUUCGAUUGAUUACCAUGGCUUUAGGAGGAGAAGGUUAUCUUAACUUUAUGGGGAAUGAAUUUGGACACCCAGAGUGGAUUGAUUUUCCACGGUCUGAUCAAAAGCUUCCUAAUGGGAAGUUUGUGCCGGGGAACAAGAACAGUUUUGAUAAGUGUCGCAGACGUUUCGAUCUGGGUGAUGCGGACUACCUAAGGUAUCGAGGCCUUCAGGAAUUUGAUCGCGCGAUGCAACAACUCGAGGCAAAAUACGAGUUUAUGGUAGCACCUCACGAGUACGUCUCCCGGCAGAACGAAGGCGACAAGAUCAUUGUGUUUGAGAAGGGAGACCUGGUGUUCGUGUUUAACUUCCACUGGCAGAAAAGCUACACAGACUACCGUGUCGGGUGUCUCAAGCCGGGGAACUACAAGGUUGUGUUGGACACUGACGAGCGACUAUUUGGUGGAUUUGGAAGGCUAGAUCAUUCGGCGGUCUUCCACACAAAUGAGGGAUGGUAUGACGAUCGACCACAAUCGUUCCAAGUUUACUCUCCCUGUCGCACUGCUGUUGUCUACGCGCCGGUAGUUCCCGAGAGUCAAUCCGUCGAUGAACCGCUGGAGGCGCAAACCAGCAUUCCCAUUCAUAACUUGUGACUUCGCGCCUAAAAUUUGUAUUUCAAAAAGAUUCUUGGUAUAUUACUUUUGCUUGUCGGAA